AUGCCGGGUGAGAGAGAGGCCGGGAGUAACGAGAGCACGGCGUUGGAGGGUUUCCAGACGGCCGCCGUCGGAAGCCGUCGGCAGGACCGCGAAGGGGGGCGGCGUUGGAGCUUGGAAGGGGAGGAGAAGUUUUUUCGGCGCGGGGGCGGGGGAAACGCCUUCAGGUCGUCGCGUGAAGAACGGCGGAAUCUCUGAACUUGCCCGGGGCUGUGGCGCGCGAUCAUUAUUUAUAUAGAGCUAAAUUAUUUAUGACAUCAUGAUCGCAGGAGAAAAUAAAACAAAAUUCCCAUUUCCUGUCCCGGCGAAUUCUCUGUCACUGAAGCCCCUUGGAAGAUUCAGUUGUAUUAUCUUCGAGUUCUCUCAAAUAAAUACGAUUCAGUCUUCUGAUCAAAUCACGUCGGCAUGGAUACCCCUGAGAACACCCCAAAGAGAGAGUUUCUUGACUAUAAAACAUCUCUGCGAAACUUGCGGCCGUCGUCGCCUAACCACCUCAGUCACCGAUGGCGAUAAGCUUUUGAAAAAUGAUAUCCAUAAUCCUCUUGGAGUAGCAACAUCUUUUGGUUCCAUCUCCCGCGAAAAGCACUGCUGGUAAUAAUUUUUUGCGCAAUAUUUUCUGCGUUCAUCAGCCUUGUUCUAAGCCCAGCAGUCGCUUUUCGAACAACUCUCUCUCUCAAGGGCCGGCAUUGGGCAAGGGGAUCUUCUUGUGGUGCUUGCGCCGAUAAGCUGUGGCCCCGGCGUCCUCACGAGAGAGGGGGGGACUUUUGUCAUGGAAGGGGAGGAAAAGGUCCAUAUUUUAUUCACGCGUGA